GCGAAUCAACUGUGCUGUGGACGAUAUCAAACUCUCGAAUUUCUUUGGAGACGUUAUAAAAUCUAAGCUGAACAUCUAAUUUCUUUGAAGGUCUAAGAUGGCGUCAAUAACUUCAAAGCCAGCACUCGUAACAUUGAGACAAAUACUUUCCGAACUACGUAAGCAAACUUCAUCAAAGAAACUGGCAGACAAUCAAAUGGUUAUCUACAUUUUCAACCAAUACAGAAAGUAUCAGACCACGGACCAACAGCAUUGCAAAGCUAUUGACGAGAUGCACUUUAAGGCGAAGACAUAUUACAACUACUUGCAUUUCUCAAGGAAAUACAAAGAUAUCAAUACAGAGUUUAAGGGAAAGGGGGAAAGGUCGAUUGAGGAGACAGCGCGAAUGGUUGGGUUCAAAAUGCCUUAUGAUCCAAAACCAUAAUGAUUAGAAAGUACAAAAAUAUAGACCUGUAGAAAGAUUUCUGUAAAUAAAUUCUGUUUAGUUUA